AUGAUCCUACCGGCGCGGAAGGUCUUUCCCAUACAGAUCGGCGACAAGCUCUUCCGCUUGUCAGGUGCUUCAAUAUCGUCGGAUGCACCCUCGUAUUUCUCCCAAUUUUUCGAGGAACAGUUACGGCAGAACGAAGGCGCUGACAGCGUGCGGACAUUGUAUAUCGAUCGAGACCCUGCGACAUUCGAAGACAUUGCGCUUCACUUACAAGGCUACCAUAUUCAGCCACGCGAUGGGCCGCACUUUGUCAAGUUAUUCGCAGAUGCUCAGUUCUUCAGCCUCCCACGGUUGACGUCCCAGCUAUACUCAUCCACCAUCUACGUCCGCAUAGGCGAUUCCGAAUUUCAGAUACCAAGGGACUUGUUCAGCAGCCCGGGCGACUCACCCAACUACUUCUCGCUCGGCUUUGCAGUAUUCUUUACAACGCCAACUGAUGUCUUUCCGGGUCUGUCGCAACGUACGCUACUGCGGCCGCCAUCAAUACUACCUCCAAGCGUCCCGAACCGCUCCGCGAAGACCUUCGCAGAUCUUCUGCAUAUACUGAAGGGUUACCCCGUUCGUAUUAGAGACGAAGAGCACCGAACGGAACUGCUUCGAGACGCGCGGUACUUUCAUCUCAAAGGCCUCGAACAGCGCCUGCUACCGCACUCUAUAUCCUACAACCUAGCACGCAAGACGUCAGAGAUCAUCAUUCGUCUGGAGGACAUCAGACAGUCGGGUAUCUCCUUCGUGGCGGAUAGUGCGGUAUCUUCGCCAGCGGCAGCACCCUCACCAGCAAGCACGGCGUCGAACCUAUCCGCCUCCCCUGGCUGGGUGUUCUAUCAGCGACCUUAUGUGGACUCGGAAGCGUACAGUCUGGUCAUGGAAGUUAGUGGAGAAGAGUCUACGAUGCUCUACGUCUCCGCUUCCUCCGGCUCCAGUGCAGCCCGAUACGCCCGAGCCACGUUUCACCGCCAGGCCUUGUCGCGGAUUACGAGCCUAUUUUCAAUCAUUGCGAACAAGAUGAAUCUCCCAAUAAUGCAACCUCUGGGCUUGAUGAUGAUGGAGCGCGGAGCUGGCGUUGCAAGUCUGCCGGUAAGUCCUGGUAACAGUGGGCUAAGUGGAGAUCGGGUGAAGGUCCGCAUUGGCGACGAUGCAGAUGUUACCCUUGACGGAAAGCCAUGGGAUCUGCACGAAGAAGACGACGAUGACUAUGGAGAAGGAAUGAACGUCGAUCCUGGUCCGUCCGCAAACGUAACGGGUAGACGGAAAUAUAUCGAGACGGAGGACGAAGAAGACGAGGAAUGGGUUGUUCGGAAAGCUCAAUGGCGGUUAAGGGUACAAGCCAUGCCGGGUGGCGCCCAGGCUGGGAAAAGCGGCUUGGAAGUGGUUCUCGGCGCCGUUAAGAUCGAAGCUUGCAGCAGCGAAAGAGGGCGUAAUUCGGCAAGGGGGUUUCUGUCUUAA